AUGUGUCAGAAGAACAAAUCCGCGAAGCAACUGUCUGAGCGCAGCCGAAAGGCCGCUCGCAGCAACGCAAACCAAAAAAUCAACAAGAAAGAGGCGCGCCACCAAGCCUACAUCCAAAACAAGAACGUGCGUGACACAUGGGUCGAGGACAUGAACCUCCAGUUCGCGGGGGCCAUCAAUGUCCCGGCCACAGAAGAAAAGGCCAUUGAGAUAGCCACCGAGGCAUCCGAGGCAGCUUUCGACGCCUCCAAUCUUUUUUUCUUCACCCACGGCUCCAGUGUCCCCAACAAAAACACACAACCAAAGGAGGAAACAUCACCCAAGCAUGAGAUGAAGAGGCUGGCAGGCGCCGCCGUCAUCUUCAAGCAACCCGCUGCCGACAACACUAGCAGCUGGCGUGGCAGGCAGUGGGGACUAGGACACUGUGAAACAACCAGCGGCGCUGAGGCUGGCUUUUUCGCCAUCUCAAAGUGUCUGACCCUCGCUGCCGAGCACCUCCACCACGCCCCACAACAGGACACUGAGCCCACCGUCACAAUCUUCGUGCACGACCAAGACGAGAUCAACAAAAUUAGCAGGGUCCGCUACAUCGACUCCACACAGGAGCGCUCGGACGCGAAGCCUGUCCUACUCGACAUCGUCAAAAAAUCAAGAAAGCUUCGCGACAACUUCGGCGCCGCCAUCGAGCUGUAUUGCAUCCCAAGGCACGCUGCCGUCAGGGGCAACCAGCUCGCCGAAGCUGCAUCUCGGAAGGCAGCCUCAGAUCAAGACCUUCCAGCAGCUUCUGAUUGA